CACUAAAAGCGAAAGUAGAAAUAUUGGGAUUUUCCAUUUUUUAAUUGAAAACGAGGCUAUCCCGCGAGGGAGGUAAUCUUUUUGGGACAGGUUCAGGUGAGGCACAAAAGACCGUCGUGAAUAUCAUUUAGUAUAUUUAAAUAGUUGAACAUUCUAAAAUGGCGAAUAACACCUUAGGGAGCGAGAAGAAGGCGAAGAUGUUGGUGGCGGCCAUUGAUUUCGGUACGACCUACAGCGGUUAUGCCUUCUCGUUGAAACACGACUACCAGGCCGACCCGGCCAAGGUUUCUGUCAACCAGAACUGGGUAGCUGGCUCGAUGGCCUUAGUGUCCCUCAAGGCACCGACUGCCGUUCUGUUUAAUGAGAAGAAGGAGUUCGAGAGUUUUGGGUACGAGGCAGAAAACCAGUACUCAGAAUAUGCCCUAGAUGGUGAAGACAGGAAGCACUAUUUCUUCAACAGAUUUAAGAUGAAGUUACAUGAAAAGAAGAUAAGUCGGGACUUUGAACUAUCAGACGCGCACGGUCGGAAGAUGCCGGCAAUGCGAGUAUUUGGAGAAGUCAUCAACUUUCUCAAAGGGCAUCUGUUAGGGGCGCUGAAGAAGCGGGGAACCAUGGUAGACAACAAAGACAUUCACUGGGUCCUGACAGUGCCGGCUAUCUGGGCAGACUUUGCCAAGCAGUUUAUGAGGGAGUCUGCUUAUGAUGCACAUAUUGACGGAAGUCACCUGUCUAUAGCCCUAGAACCGGAAGCUGCCUCUCUGUAUUGCCAGCUUAUACCCACAGACAAGAUCCAUGGAUCUGAAGGGGCCUCGUUUUCUGUCGGGAGUCCAGGCUCGAAGUACAUGGUCAUCGAUUUAGGAGGUGGAACUGCGGACAUCACAGUACAUGAGCGACAAUCAGACGGUGGCCUAAAAGAGGUGCAUAAAGCCAGUGGUGGAGCAUGGGGUGGUACUAAGGUUGACGAGGAGUUCGAAAAACUACUCAUCGCAAUAAUUAAAGAUCGCGCCUUUAACAAAUUUUGUGAUGAACAUACUGGCGAUCGCCUUGAUCUGCAGCGUGAAUUGGAAAUGAAAAAGCGCACAAUCACCCCGAAAUCCAAAGGAAAAAUCACGCUGAAAGUGCCAGUAGCACUUGCCGAGACAUAUAGGUCAGUAUCGGGCGGCAACACUGUACAAAAGGCGUUAGAAAAUUCUCCCUAUAAUGGAAAGGUAACUUGGCUCCCAGACAAGAUUAGAAUUGAUGCUGAAGUAUUCAAGGGAUUAUUUAAAACAUGUACAGAUAAUAUAGUUAAACAUAUUAAGGAUCUACUAAAGUAUCCAGAAUUGAGGGGGACCAACACAUUCCUAAUGGUCGGCGGGUUUUCUGAGUCUGAAAUGGUUCAGGAAGCCGUGAUGAAGGCCCUGCCUGGCAAAAAUGUCAUUAUACCUGACGAGGCUGGUCUCUCAGUGUUAAAGGGAGCGGUUAUAUUUGGCCACCGUCCUGUGGCAAUUACGUCACGAAAGUCGAAAUAUACAUACGGCAUUAAUAUAUCCCCGCCUUUUGAUCCUGACCGGCAUCCGGAGGAAAGGAAGGUUUCUGUCGGAAAUAUUGACAGAUGUCGAGAUGUGUUUAAAAAGUACAUACAAGAAGGCGAUACUGUUAUGGUCGGCGAGCCGAGAUCCGGAAAACAUAUCACAUUGUCUGCUCAUCAGAGGGAAAUGCAGCUAAAUAUAUAUGCUUCUACGAAACGGGAACCACAGUUCGUUGAUGAGGAAGGUUCGGAAUACCUUGGGCGUGUUGUGGUACAGUUACCGGAUAGUGAAGAUAAGAUUCGGGUAGAGGUGACCAUGAUGUUUGGAGAAACAGAACUGACGGUAGAAGCCCAAGAAUUAACCACCUUGAAGAAAUAUACUUCCUAUUUUGACUUUCUAUAACACUCGUGUGAUAUAUUAAGUAAAUAUUUGUACAAAAGUACACAAAGCCUACAUAUAGUCUGGUCCAAUAUCGAUCAGUAAUAAAAUUCAUUUUUAAUUAUAUAUAAGUGUAUUAGAAUCGGAUCAGCUUGUUGCCUUUCCUUAAAUAAUCGUCUGCUUACAAUUUCUAUUUAAAAUUUAAUAUGUUGUUAUAUUUACAUUGAUUGUAAUUUGUGUUUAUAUUCGUGUAGACAACCUUGGCGGAUUAAUGUCAAUGGCGGCCCUUCAUUCCGCAAGACUGCACAGGCGGCCUGGCGUUGUUCACAAAGAAACAUAUAUGGCGUCAUUCGAAUAGAAAUUUGUUAAAAAAACAUUCACUAAAUAGCUAAAACUCCUUUCUCUCACGCUAAAUAUCAAAACUGAUUAGGUUAAAGGACAUUUUUAAUUAAAAUCGGGAACUUUUUUUUUCAGAAGGGGAAUUACAAUUUAACAUAGGCGGGCCUUUAAGCUGUUCUCUGUGUUUAUUGCAAAGAACGGUAAAGAUUUAUUUAAUGAAUAUCUUGAUAUUAUUUGCAAAGAAACCUUGUAUUUUUGUACGCUACUGUAAAAAUGUGAAUUUAACGACUUAUUUAUAUACGGGUAUUAACCUCCUGGGACUUCUGGCAGAUCAUUUGAGAAUCGCUACCGCAAUGCAUGUGGUUAAUACCCGUAUGAAUGCACAACAGAACAUUUAAUCCUUAAAGGCAUAAGGUUAUACAGUAUAGUGUGUGAUGUGAAUGUAAUAACUGUAAUCUCAAAACUAGCGAAAAGAUUACGUACAGUCUCUGGAUACAUUAUUCGUCGUACACGUACAUGAAAAUAGAAGAAAAUAUAACUACUUUUGUCUUGCCGAAUAAUGUACUAACAUGUACUAUUUCAAGCAUUAAUGUGUAAGUACAUGAAACCUGUUGAUAAAAUGAACAGCAUGAGGCAUGUUACACAUGUCUACUAAACAUAUUGGCACUGAGUAAAAUGGUUAUAAAGUUCGUCCAACAAUUAUGCUCAAUUGCAUCUCUGAAGUCUGCAAAAGUACCACAUAGGCUAUAGAAUAUACCCUUGCCUGCAUUCAAAAAGCCGUUUGCACUAAGUUCUGAUGAUAAAGUUGGGCAUGUAUCGCUGUAACAGUAGUUAAAACGUUAAUACCCAAUUUAACUAUAAGUUUGAACUUCAUAGUUUAUAUUCACAAUGUUUUAUUAUUGUGCUAGUUUUGUUAUCGACUUCCUGUAAUUUUGUUUUGCCAGAUUGAUGUUCUCAGCUUAGGUUCUGUUUCGUGGGUAUUGGAGUUGGGAAGUGGGGUGAGGGGCCCCUUGACAGAGAUUUUAAGGUCGCAGACUGCAAAAUACUUGUCCUUCACCGCUGUGGGUUCGAAACCUCACAUAGGGUGUAGAAUUCUUUCUGGUUAAGAAGCCAUCCAGUUGGCUUACAGAAGGUCGGUGGUUCUACCCGGAUGCCACGGUUUGUGCCUGAAAUAAUCCCUAGGUGAGCAUCUGUGGUCUUCCUCCAGCAUACAAAGCUGGAAAGUCGCCAUUUCACCUAUAAUUGUGUCAGCGUGACAUAAACUGAAAACUACAAUUUCUGGAUUCGUUUCUGGGACCAGUAUUAUUAGUAUUAUCACGACUUGCUGUUUGAAAGUUUGAUGAACACAAUUUGAUUUUAAUAAAAUGUAAUUAUGACUA